ACACCUUCUGCAGACAUGGCGGGUGUCCUGGUGAAGACCUGCCUGCUGGGGGCUCUCGCCCUCACUCUCCUAUACUCAGCAGUGGAAGCUCAGUGUGACAACGUGGUGGUUACUAACACCUGGCAGGGCAACUACCAGGCAGACUUAACCACAGUGGCUCCAGUUGACAUUAACGGCCUCAGUGUGGAGGUGUCCUUCAGCAGGCCCGUGGAAACUCUUGAGUUGUAUUCUGGCGGAGAAGUGACCAAGGUGGACGACACCCACUUCAUCCUGAGCGACCCGGAGCUGGUGGCCAGUGCUGGGGACGAGGUCAAGGUCACCAUCCAUGUCACCUACACUAGCUUCAUGCCUCUCGUGGUCACGGAGAUCGUCAACAACGUGCAGGUCUGCGACGCAACUUUCACCACGCCUUCCCCCAUGGAGAAUCCUUGUGCCGAGACGGGUAUGACCCCUUACGACUACAGCCAGGUGCUGUGCAUGUCCUAUGUGUUCUACGAGGCCCAGCGAUCAGGACCUCUGCCAGCAGACCAGCGCGUCACCUGGCGAUUCGAUUCUGCUCUUGACGACGGCUCCGAUGUGGGCCACGACCUCACUGGCGGCUACUACGACGCUGGUGAUCACGUCAAGUUUGGGUUCCCGAUGGCUUACACCGCCACUGUGCUGGCUUGGGGCCUCAUAGACUUCGCUGAUGGGCACGAGAUCGCUGGUCAACUGGAGUACGGUCAGGCAGCUCUCAAGUGGGCCACUGACUACUUCCUCAAGGCGCACACCGCUCAUGACGAACUCUACGGCCAGGUGGGCGAAGGUAACGCAGAUCACCAAUUUUGGGGCCGCCCUGAGGACAUGACCAUGGAAAGACCUUCCUACAAGAUCGACGAACAGAACGCAGGAAGCGAGCUGGCCGGGGAGACAGCUGCUGCCCUCGCGGCUGCUUCUAUGGUCUUCAAGGACGUGGAUCCAGUCUACUCCGCCGAGGUGCUGGGCGUGGCCAAGGAGCUCUAUGACUUCGCUGACAACUUCCGCGAGAAGUACGACAACUCCAUCCCUGACGUGAAGGCCUUCUACCAAUCGUGGAGUGGUUACGGGGACGAGCUGGCCUGGGCGGCGCUGUGGUUGGCCAGAGCCACCGGCGACGACGCCUACCUCACCCGCGCCAAGGGUCACUGGGACGAGUUUGACUUGACAAGCUAUUUGGCUUCGUUCUCCUGGGACGACAAACGAGCUGGAAUCUAUUCGCUCUUCUGGCUACUGACUGGUGACUCCGAGUACUCAAGUUACCUCGUCAAGUUCCUCAACUACCUGAAGACCGAUGCCCCUUACACUCCGGAGGGUCUGGUCUACCUGGACGCCUGGGGCGCCAACCGUCACGCCGCCAACGUCGCCUUCAUCUCCCUCUGGGCGGCCAAGAACGGGUUCGAUACAGAAGCCAACCAGGAGUGGGCCAGAGGUCAGAUCGGCCAGCUGCUGGGCGACAACUCUCGUUACCACAGGUCCUUCGUUGUGGGCUUCGGCCAGGAUCCUCCUCAGAGGCCCCACCACCGAUCAGCCUCCUGUCCAAACCCACCAGAGAGCUGUGAGGGCGCCCUCGACAACCCAGACCCAAGCCCCCACACGCUCUUCGGGGCCCUCGUCGGCGGCCCAGCUGGGGACGGCUCCUACACGGAUAUUCGCACCGACUACCAGCACAACGAGGUGGCUUGCGACUACAACGCUGCCUUCACCGGAGCUCUGGCCGCCUUGGUCGAGCUCAGACCAGAGGAGCAGCUAUAUGUGCCGCCACCGCUGGAGUCGUCCGUCGGUGCUGGAGCAGCGAACACUGCGCCAGGAGCGUUGAUGAUCGUUAGACCGUUUACAGUAUACAGAGUGUUGAGAGUGGUGCCAAAGAGACGGCUGUUUGACCCGACAAUCCGUUCUGCGAACCGCAGCUGGGCAGGGAUAACACCAUCCUUGGACGAUGUUGGGCGCUGGUUCCUGGCUUUGCCUGUGUGUGGCGUCAGGAGGCGGGUGUCACAUAGCUAUCACGUGUGCAGCAGGUAUAUUAGGGGUCGGGUACACUCGUCCAGUACCACAGUCUCUUCUGCUGCAGACAUGGCUGCCGGUGUCCUGGUGAAGACCUGCCUGCUGGGGGCCCUCGCCCUCCUCUCAGGUGUGGGUAUCGUCUCCGCUGACAUCCCUAACCCCUGUGCCGGGACUGGCAUGCAGCCCUACGACUACAGCCAGGCACUGUGCAUGUCGUACCUGUUCUACGAGGCCCAGCGGUCAGGACCUCUGCCAUCCGACCAGCGCAUCACUUGGCGACACGACUCUGCUCUUGGCGACGGCUCCGAUGUGGGCCACGACCUCACUGGCGGCUACUACGACGCUGGUGAUCACGUCAAGUUUGGGUUCCCAAUGGCUUUCUCCACCACCAUGCUGGCUUGGGGCCUCAUAGACUUCGCUGAUGGAUAUGCUAAAGCCGGUCAGACAGGGUAUGGUCGAGCAGGGGUCAAGUGGGCCACUGACUACUUCCUCAAGGCUCACACUAACUAUGACGAACUAUACGGCCAGGUGGGCAAAGGCGACGUAGACCACGCUUACUGGGGUCGCCCUGAGGAGAUGACCAUGCAGCGACCUUCCUACAAGAUCGAUGACUCAAAUCCAGGAAGCGAGUUGGCCGCGGAGACCGCUGCUGCCCUCGCUGCCGCCUCCAUAGUCUUCAAGGACUCCGACUCGUCCUAUUCCGCCCAGGUUCUGGCCGUUGCCAAGGAGCUCUACGAGUUCGCCAACAACCAUCGUCAGAACUACGAUGUGUCCAUUAGCGACGCCUACAACUACUACCACUCGUUCAGCGGAUACGGGGACGAGCUGGCCUGGGCGGCGCUGUGGUUGGCCAGAGCCACCGGUGACAACAACUACGUCACUCGUGCCAGAGGUCACUUCGACGAGUUUGGUCUCGGCGGUUAUGGAGGCAAUGUCGGCUGGGACGAGAAACGAGGUGGAUAUAAUUCGCUCUUCUAUUUGCUGACCGGCGAUGCUGAGUACGAGAACCUGAUCAAUAACUUCCUGGAAUGGGCGAAGUACAGUGCUCCAUACACCCCGGAGGGCUUGGUCUUCCUUAACGAGUGGGGCUCCAAUCGCGACGUUGGCAACGCCUGCUUCCUGGCCCUCUGGGCCGCCAAGCACGGUAUUAAUACAGACAGCAACAGACAGUGGGCCCGGGCCCAGAUGGGCCAGCUGUUGGGAGACAACCCGAAAUACCAGAGCUUCGUUGUGGGCUUCGGUGUGAACCCUCCUACGAGACCCCACCACCGCUCCAGCUCGUGUCCGGACCUCCCCGCGUCCUGCGACGGCGCCUUCGACAACUCAGGACCCAACCCACAGACCCUCUACGGCGCCCUCGUCGGCGGUCCUGAUGCCAACGGCAAUUGGAAUGACGACCGCGGCGACUACCAGCACAACGAGGUGGCCUGCGACUACAACGCUGGCUACACCGGAGCCUUGGCCGCUUUGGUCGAGCUCAGCUUCCUGGCUUUGCCUGUGUGUGGCGUCAGGAGGCGGGUGUCACAUAGCUAUCACGUGUGCAGCAGGUAUAUUAGGGGUCGGGUACACUCGUCCAGUACCACAGUCUCUUCUGCUGCAGACAUGGCUGCCGGUGUCCUGGUGAAGACCUGCCUGCUGGGGGCCCUCGCCCUCCUCUCAGGAGCGCAUGCGCAGUGUGACAACGUCGUCAUCAUCAACGCCUGGGAAGGCAACUACCAGGCAGACUUCAACGCUCCGGCUCCAGCAGACAUGGUCGGCCUCACUGUUGACAUGUCCUUCAGCAGACCCGUAGACACUAUUGAGAACUACGCGGGCGAGGCCAUCAAGAUCGAUGAUUACCACUUCACACUGACCGCCCCCUUCAUCCUGUCUGCUGGAGAAAAUAUAAUGUUCAGAUUCCGAGUAGAAUAUUCCCAGAUCAGACCACUGGUGGAGACCGAAUAUGUCAACGGCAACCUGAUCUGCGACGCGGUGAUCGUCACCCCCGCACCGAUGGUCAACCCUUGCGUUGGGACGGGCAUGCAACCCUACGACUACAUCCAGGCAUUGUGCAUGUCGUACCUGUUCUACGAGGCCCAGCGGUCAGGACCUCUGCCAGCAGACCAGCGCGUCACCUGGCGUUACGACUCCGCUCUUGAAGACGGAUCUGAUGUUGGCCACGACCUUACUGGCGGCUACUACGACGCUGGCGACCACGUCAAGUUUGGGUUCCCAAUGGCUUUCUCCGCCACCAUGCUGGCUUGGGGCCUCGUGGACUUCGCUGACGGACACGAGACAGCCGGUCAAACGGAGUAUGGCCGGGCUGCGGUCAAGUGGGCUACUGACUACUUCCUCAAGGCUCACACUGCCCAGGACGAGCUCUACGGCCAGGUGGGCAAAGGCGACGUAGACCACGCCUACUGGGGUCGCCCUGAGGAGAUGACCAUGGAAAGACCUUCCUACAAAGUCGAUGCAACAAAUCCAGGAAGCGAGUUGGCCGGGGAGACCGCUGCUGCCCUCGCUGCCGCCUCCAUUGUCUUCAAGGACGCAGACCCGGCCUACUCCGCAGAGGUUCUGCAGGCUGCCAAGGAGCUCUACGAGUUCGCCGACAACUAUCGUAUGCAGUACGAUGUGUCUAUCGAGGACGCCUAUUACUAUUACCACUCGUUCAGCGGAUACGGGGACGAGCUGGCCUGGGCGGCGCUGUGGUUGGCCAGAGCCACCGGUGACAACAACUACGUCUCUCGCGCCAGAGCUCACUUCGACGAGUUUGGUCUCGGCGGUUAUGGAGGCAAUGUCGGCUGGGACGACAAACGAGGUGGAAUCAAUUCGCUCUUCUAUUUGCUGACCGGCGAUGCUGAGUACGAGAACUUGAUCAAUGACUUCCUAGACUGGGCGAAGGACGGCGCUCCUUACACCCCGGAGGGCUUGGUCUUCCUUAACGAGUGGGGCUCCAACCGCGACGUUGGCAACGCCUGCUUCCUGGCCCUCUGGGCCGCCAAGCAUGGUAUUAAGACAGAACUGAACCAGGAAUGGGCCCGGGGUCAGGUGGGCCAGCUGUUGGGAGACAACCCGAAAUACCACAGCUUCGUUGUGGGCUUCGGUGAGGACCCUCCCCAGAAACCCCACCACCGCUCCAGCUCGUGCCCAAGUCUUCCCGAGUCCUGUGACGGCGCCUUCAACAACCCAGGACCCAACAUACAGACCCUCUACGGCGCCCUCGUCGGCGGUCCUGGUGCGGACGGCGUUUGGACUGACGACCGCGGCGACUACCAGCACAACGAGGUGGCCUGCGACUACAACGCUGGCUUCACAGGCGCCAUGGCCGCUAUGGUCGAGAUCAGCUCAGGAUAACCUUCAACACGUACCCAAGAUAACUGGGGUGAAAAUCACAAUAGCGAGAAAUCCAGCCCCUGCCGUAAUAACCUACCCAGUUGAAAAUGUAUUUGAAGAGACGCGGUGCCCUCUGAUAAUGUCACCAGUGGGUGCAAACAUAAUUUAUAAUUCCAUUUUAGUCUAAGAUAGUGGGCACUACCAUGCCCAGCUGAUAUCUCUACCAUACGGCCACACGAUGAUCCGAGGUAUCGACGGACCUGUUUACCCUAUCAAUUAAAAUGUAAAUAAACAACUUAAUGCUAAUAAAUCAAUCUGACACAA